AAAUGCAGAAUUUGCCGCACUCUUUCUUUAAAAAUAUAUUUUCCUGCUGGAAGGGGUUAAUUGAUGUAUACUUGCUGCCCAACAAACAUUGCGGCUAUGUCAAGUAUUCGGCGGCGGAGAGUGCUCGGAGAGCCAUUCAUGUUUUAAACGGCGCUGAGAUAUGUGGCACUAAAAUAAAGGUCAUGGAGGCCGAAGAACGUUGCGGCUCAGACGGCGAAAUCACCGCCAAAAUCACCAAUAAAUCUAAGCUUCACUAACUUGAGAAAAAAACACAGUUCAAUUAAACAGCAAUUCAACCUUCUGGCCCAACAAGAACGGAAUGCUACCAGAAUAUUUGAACCACUGAAACUACAACACAGCAUGAAGGUGAAAAACCCGAGUCGGAGAACGCUGAACGGAGAACAAAUAACCAAUUCCACCCGUACAAUUGACUUGUUCAAGAGAAUGACCAUACCAUAAACGGAGUCAACGAAACCGCAAACCGCAUUGCUACUAACAGGGACUAUCAAAUAUAAGUAUCCGUCAUACCGAUACAACAACCAGCAGAAAUAUUUAC